CCCAGAAGCUAAACGCAGUUCGGCUAACGGUCGUAGUAAUCAUGUAAAUAAAGUUAUUUUUAUGGUGAAUUUUAAAUAUUUCACAGUCUUGACUCUUUGCCUCGCGUGUUGUAGCGGCGCAGGGAUGCCGUGGAGGUGCUGUGUCCCCGGAUGUAAAGGCUACGAUGAGGCGAAGUCGAUGGGGGUCGUGUUUCACGGGUUACCGACCAGAGACCCUCCGCGCUGCAGAGUGUGGCUCAAAGCGAUCCAAAACCCCCGGUUCGACGAGGACACACCUGUCUCCAGGUACAGCGGAGUGAGGGUCUGCAGCCUGCACUUUAAACCCGAAGACUACGAGGAGGACUUCAGGGCCAAGAUACUGAACAUCCCGCCGAAGCCGACGCUGAAGAGCGGCGCAGUGCCGUCAGUGUUCCCCGGGAGAGAGCGCGCUGAGCCCGGCUGCACAGGUGCAUCUGCUCCCGCCACGAAGAGGAGGAGAACACAGGCGUCCUCUGGAGCAGCAGCGGGCUCCUCCCAGCCUCCUCCUCUUCCUCCUCCAGCGUCAGAGGAGAGUUUCUGCAUCGUGGUGUCGGUGGAUCCUCUCCACUCAGAACCAGAACUCAACUCUGCGUCCGAAGAGUCCGAUGAAGACAUGGACAAGGACUGCGCCGUGGUGUACACCCGCAGCCUGAUGGAGCUGUUCAGGAGGUGUCAGACGUGCGGCCAGCCCGUCGAUCAGAAGCAGGUGUUUCACUCAGGUGCACAGGUGAGCGUGAAGUGGAGCUGUCAUGGCGGACACUCAGGUGUGUGGAAGUCGUCACCUCGACUGAGAGACGGGGUGCAAUGAGACGCUCACUCCUGCUUCUUUACGCAGGGCCGAUGUUAACGGUUUGAGGAGAAGAAGAACUUUGUUUAAAGAGACGGAGACGCUUCCUGUCAGCACAGCACACCUGGUGGACGCCAUCAGCUCACCUGGUGGACGCCGUCAGCUCACCUGGUGGACGCCGUCAGCUCACCUGGUGGACGUGAUAGGCACAGCACACCUGGUGGACGCCAUCAGCUCACCUGGUGGACGCCGUCAGCUCACCUGGUGGACGUGGUAGGCACAGCACACCUGGUGGACGCCGUCAGCUCACCUGGUGGACGCCGUCAGCUCACCUGGUGGACGUGGUAGGCACAGCACACCCGGUGGACGCCGUCAGCUCACCCGGUGGACGCCGUCAGCUCACCCAGUGGACGCCGUCAGCUCACCUGGUGGACGUGGUAGGCACAGCACACCCGGUGGACACCGUCAGCUCACCCGGUGGACGCCGUCAGCUCACCCAGUGGACGCCGUCAGCUCACCUGGUGGACGUGGUAGGCACAGCACACCCGGUGGACACCGUCAGCUCACCCGGUGGACGCCGUCAGCUCACCCAGUGGACGCCGUCAGCUCACCUGGUGGACGCUGUCAGCACACCUUCAUGUUGGACUCCACGUCGGGGACGGUCCACACUGCUGCAGGUGUCUCCCGGUCGUCAUGACUACCAUCAACCCUGAGUGAUGGAGAGGAGGAGCAGAAG